GUAAAUAUCGUUCGACGUUAAUAGGUCAAGCCAUGUGACAAAAUCAAUUCAAGUGAUAUUUUAUUUUAUGUUUUUUUGUAUGUUUUAGUCUUUAUAUUUUUUUUUUGAUCGACGGUCUCGGCACAAUUUCAAAAUUUCUCUCGAGUUAUCCGCUACAUCGGUCUGUGGGGAGGAGCGUGUACUUCGCAUCAUCGCUUCUGCAUCGAAAAGCAGAAAAGGCUGUGGUUGUUUGUGACAAGUGCCCGAUCGUUACCGUUUGUUUGGUUAUUUACGUUGUCAUCCGCGUCUAAGCCUUAUCGUCCUUCAAUCAAAGUGAGUGCACGCAUCGAAUUCGUAAUUCUUCUCGUCGCGAUUUCUUCGUUCGCGUUUGAAUUCGGGAUCGCGAUCGCGUGUGUAGUGUAUCCAGUGCAUCGGACUGCGCAGCGAGGCACAUAACUACUGGAUUCGGACCGAGGCUUCUUCGUUCUCUUCGCUGUCCCGCAACGCUAGGGUUUCGUAUUCGCACCCACAGCUGGAUCGUGUUGCAACGGAUCUCAAAAGACGCUCCAAUAUCCGUCUGGAGGAUUCUAAAGUAUACGAAACGAAAGGUUGGAUAUCGAUCGCUAUCAGUCACCGCUCGUACGAAUUGAACAAGACUUCAACGGGACUAGUCUUUCCGCGUGCUUUCGUGUUGUUGGUGUGCUUAAUCCACGUGAUGAGUGUGUGCUCCUCGUGCUAAGAUUUCAAUUCGUUUCUGAGCGCGAACGUGAUUCGUGAAUCGAGAGUGUCCUGUGCUGUUCGUAGUUCGCCCGAGACCCUAGAAGUAGCUUGUUCGUGCACGUACUGUAGAGUUUGAGGGUUGACGCCUUCAAACCGCAAGCGUACAAUAAUCCUGUCUUCCUCAAGGAUAAACGAAACCGAGCGAAGGAGGCACCGUCACCCGGUCGCCAAACGGACUCCCAUGAAAAUGUUACAGUCGUUAAACGCUCUGGCGGGUAAAAUCUCGCCGGGCUCUCCUACCGACAGCAACGCCAACAAGGUGCACAUGCAUAAUAACAACAAUAAUAACAACAACGUGGUGCAUCACCAUCCCUACUCCAAACAGCAGACCCAGCCGUCCCCGUCGCACUCUGCCAACGGCGACCAAAAGGAAAAUACUAUAAUGAACAACAAUAGUGUGGAGCAGCCAGAUCCAGACAAUAUAAAGAUGUUCGUGGGGCAGGUACCUCACGAUAUGGACGAGAAUGAUUUGAGGACGAUGUUUGAGGAAUAUGGUCGAGUGCAUCAGAUAAAUAUCCUGCGGGACAAGAUCACCGGUAGUCAUAGGGGAUGUUGCUUUGUAACCUUUUACACUAGAAAAGCGGCUUUGGCAGCGCAGAACGCUCUUCAUAAUGUUAAAACCUUCAGUGGGAUGCGCCAUCCGAUCCAAAUGAAGCCGGCCGACAGCGAGAAUCGGAAUGAACGCAAACUGUUCGUUGGGAUGCUAUCGAAAAAAUUCACAGAAAACGAUGUUAGGAACAUGUUUAGCGCUUACGGAAUGAUCGAGGAAUGCUCGGUGCUGAGGGACAGCACCGGGAAAAGUAAAGCCUGUGCCUUCGUUACCUUCGCUAGUAAGCAGUACGCGAUCAAUGCCAUCAAAGCUCUGCAUCAUUCCCAGACAAUGGAGGGUUGUUCGUCACCAUUAGUCGUAAAAUUCGCCGAUACGCAAAAGGAAAAGGACCAGAAGAGGAUGCAGCAACUCCAGACGAAUCUCUGGAACAUCGCGGGAGUCAACAUCACACCGCAUUACCUAACCAACGAUGCGCAUACUUUGGCGCCUGCAUCGUUGCAGCUUCUGCAACAAUUGCAGGCGACGACGAGUGCCGCGACUCCGGUCGCAGCGAACGCAGGAGCAGCUAAUGCACUGUCGAAUGUACAACAUCAGUUACUGUUACAACAACACCUUGGCCUUGGUGCGGCAACACCUGCGCACGCAGCACCUCCCGCUGUACCUAGUCCAGCAGAAAUCAACCCUGCGAAUUUGCAAAGUUUAGCCACCCUCGCGUCUCUGAGUAAUACUGCUGCAAAUGCGGGUGUGUCGCCAAUGAGUAUGCAGAAUCUUGUCACUUUGGCAGCUAUGACCGGCGGAAACAGCAAUCUCCAGGUGUCGCCAAACACAUUAAGCGGCCUGGCGAAUUCGACAGCAGCUGCUCUUCUGGGAAAAACAGGAAAUACAGGGUCUACCGGGGGCAGUCUCAGUCCUGUAACAUCUCUCACGCUCAAUUCCUUGACGGGAACGCCGUUAAACGGACUUCAGGAUUCGCUGAGCAACGCCUAUUCCAGUUUACAACAGUAUGCAGGGUUCCCCGCGUUCACGGCGAAGACCAAGUUCACCAGCACGGACAAACAAAUCGAGGGUCCCGAAGGUUGCAAUCUCUUUAUAUACCACCUACCGCAAGAAUUCAGCGAUACAGACCUCAUUUCUACCUUUUUACCCUUUGGCAAUGUCAUAUCCGCCAAAGUUUUCAUAGAUAAGCACACGCACAUGAGUAAAUGCUUUGGUUUCGUAUCGUAUGACAAUGUGUCGAGCGCGCAAGCGGCGAUCCAAACGAUGCACGGUUUCCAGAUUGGCAUGAAGCGACUGAAGGUCCAGUUGAAACGAUCCAAGGAUGCCUCCAAGCCGUACUAGCUGACGUCACAGAACGUUCGUAGCAGGUGGCCUGUGACGUUGUGACCGUGUACUCUCGAUCGGAGUCGCCGUGCCAUGUCAGUCUCAGUCAGUCAAAUCAGUAUCGGUCGUUCGCUCGACCGGUCGAUCGAUCAGUCACGAUUCCCCGGUCAGUCUCUCGAUCAGUCUAUCUGUGUCUGUCGGUGCCUGUACAAAGAACAACACCCGCCCACGCGCUCUCACUUCUGCCGUGAGAUCCUCCGCCUUGUUGACCUCUUCUCUAUCUUUUCAUCUCAUCUCCUCAACCUCUUUUGCGCCCGUACCGCCUAUCCACGAAGUCGCGACAUCAUUCAUACUUCGCGAUCGCACCGAGCGGUUGCUCGUCCUCCCGAUCGCAGCUGCGCAUGUAAAACACUGGACGAAAUCUCGGACACUCAGAAGAACUGGGCAAACGAAAGUUGUGGCCAAGAAAGUGCACAUGAAAUGUGGAGGAGCGCGAUGAAGAAGGCUGAGAAAGUGGAACAGAAAAGAGGACGAUGCACCGACGACCGACCAGGGUUCCUCGAACGAAGCUAACGCGCUAUGUUAACUGUCUGUCCAAUCUCCCCUCCUCCCUAUGUAUAUACAGAUAUAUAAAUAUAUCAUGCAUAUAUGUACAUACACAUAUAUGUGUACGUGUGUAUGGUAUGUGCGUGCGUUUGAGAGCGUAAUGAGGAUUCUUAUAGUUAAUUAACGAUAGGUGACGCUCUACGUUUCACGGUGAAAGAGGACAAAAGGACAAGCGAGGAAUGUGUGGCGAAUGAGCUGUGUGCGAGAAAUUUUUCUUAUACAUAACUAUACAUAUACAUAGUUAUACAUACAUGUUCAUAAAUCGAAUUAUCGACUGAGAACUAUUUUUAUCGGCUCUACUAUCGGGAUCGCUGUCAACGCCUCGCAGCGCCUGUUUAUACAUAAAUAUGCAUAUGCAUAUGUGCGUAUGUAUCGCGGCAAAUUGGGCGUGUAAACGAGAUAAAUGUAUGUAUGAAGAAGCACGAGAGAUGGAGGCGGAAAGGGAAACGCGAAAGGACGAACAAUGAUCGUGCGGGACCGACGCGCGUGCGACUUCUUAGGUUUAAAUCGUGCAAAUAUACCAAAAACGAAACGGAUACAAAGAA